UUACGAAUCGUUGUGUGCGCGUGACCGAGUUAGUGACGGAUGACUGUUGGUGACGUCACGCGGCGGGAAGAAGGAAAAAAAUUGCAGUAUAUUUUUUCCCACAGACUCGACAUGAGAGCUAGGAUUGUUUCAGAAGCUAAUAACUUCGUUCACUUUCUGAAGUUGUUUCAGGAGGACAACAGGGACUCCUGGGGUUUUCAGGAGUGUAUUAAAAUAUCCAAGUGUAAUGAUGAACCACUUCUCAGCAUCUCUGAGGGAAACCAACCUGUCUUCAUCUGUGAGAAAAUGCCUCCACCGGUUAGUGAGUCUGAGGACGCAGAGAUCACAGAUGAGAUCAGUUUCACUGAAGAAACACCUAUAAAACUGCAAGAACUCAACACCGAUCCGCUUCCUCUCAGUGUCAGUAGAGCAAGAGAGAUAUUGUCCUGGUACGUCAUGUCUCAGAAUCCGAACAUGUCCCAGGUGGAAGCUCAGGUUUUGCAUCCUCUUUGGGUCCGUUGUGACACGCAGGACCCUGCUAACACGUCCUGGCUGGGGGCAGAGACCGUCUACACUGGCAACAAAGCCACCGCUGUUAAAUUGUACACAGUCACCUGCGAAGGGUCAUCUGUGGAUGAGGCCUCAUUUAUCACAAUGGAUCAGCUGAAACAAGAACACCAGAACAGACACCAUUCCACAGUGGUGGUGACAAAAGGCUGGGCCAAAUACAGUCUUUUUUGUUCGGUGAAGGAAGAAAGUUUGCUUGUUGAUUCUGAGAACAAUAUAACAGCAUACUUUACAUGGAACAAUGUAGAGAAGGUGCUAGAGAUGCCACCCCUGUCAUCUACAGUUAUGCUGCAUAUCAAGGUGAUACCUGGAGACGUCAGGAGCCCUCUGUAUCAGACCUACAGAGAGCUGGAAUUCAUUUUGACUCUAGCGAAAGGCUUGAGAAAUGAGGAGAUUGAGUGGUUGGAGCCGCUGGAAACACGGUCUGCUGUGGAUCUAACCCGAGCACUUAUCGAAGAGCUGGAGAAUGUUGCAAAUGCAGUCCCAGGCCAGAAUUUAAAAGGAUCAGAGAACAAGAAGGGCAAAAACGACUCUGUGGUGGGUUUAGGUGGUAUGUUAAUAGAAAGAGGAGACCUGGACUUCACUGAGCAGCUCUGGGAGAAGAUGAGAAGAAGUGUAACCUCAUAUCAGGACAUAACAGACUCUCUGAAACUGGUCAUCAAAGCUCUGCGAUUUGGGCAGAUUAAACCUUGGGUCCACAGGGACAGCAGCAGCUCUCUGAGUAAACUGAUAGUGCAAUCCUACCAGCAGCAAAUAGACUCAGUGCCUCUAACCAGCCUCACGCCUGCCAUCAUGCUGCUGGAGCUGGGCCUGGACAAGAUGAGGAAAGACUACAUCAACUACCUUGUUGGGAAUGAGCUGACUACUCUCAACCACCUGAGUUACUACAUUAGCAGUGAGGUGAAUCUACAAGAGCAGGUAAUCAGACUGAGGAAACUGCACCACCUGCUGGAGGUCCUGGGAACCUGCAGCAACUAUCUCAGCUUGCCUCAUGAGCGUCUGUUCUUCUUUACUCAGUCAUGUUUGCAGUACUACAAAACAGCACCUUAUGAUGAAGAGCAUGUGUUUCAGAUGCAAAUCAAACCUGCUCUGAUCAGUCACUUCUAUCAGACAGAACAGCCCUUAUCCUGGGGAGUGGAGGUAUCUAGUGGGCAGGGGUCACGAGAGGUGAAGACUUCUUUGCAUCUCAGUGAUAAACCUCUAGUGGAUCACAUCAGCUCAAACUCAGAUGUGCCACUGGAGGCCUCAGUGAACGGAGAGAUCGAGAAAACCGCAUACUUCAGAACGAUGGUGUUCUGCAGCCUGGCCAGCUUCAAUUAGCAGAUGCACUAACCUGCAGCCAGGAGCCGGUUGCUAGAUGCACACAUCUCUGCAGCAUUCCUCUUCCAGUUCUCAACCUGCCGAGGUCCAGAUGAAUCACACAUCAUCAUUAGUAGUGUGUGUGUCUCUUUGUCCAUUCAUGACAUUUUGCAUUAGAUACUUAACAAUUAUUACUUUGUGAAGAACCAAUCAAGAACUACAAACUCUUCAUUUUUAUAUACCGUAUGUUCUUGUGUAUCCUUAUACGUGUGAGUACAAAAAAUUCACUAUAUUUGUAAUGUCUUUAUAUUUGUAAUAAAUCACUUAUUGUCAGUGA